AAAUGUAGAUCGUAUGUUUCGUCAUUUGAUUAAAGCGUUUGAAGACUUUGCAGCGCGCUGACACCAAUCGGCCACCGUAGCUUAGCAACCGAAUCAUAACAAUUCUUUUCCGUUUAGAGUUUUCAUUUGAACAUUUAAAGCAGCUCAGACUUGCAGUUUAUCAGCAAGAGAGAAGACGCGAAAGAUGUCCAUCGUGAAAACCGCCGUGAAUCUCCAGAGGAUUGACUGGCUGCUGCCGAAAGGUGCAGUCAGUGUGCGGAUCGCCCCGGAAUACAUCCCCGGUCCAGUUGGCCGAGGACAAACCAGUUCCAGUGAUGCUGGCCGUCGGAAGAAGUGCCGCACCAGGCCGCCGGCAGCCAGCUCCCUGACCACGUCUGCCUCUCCUGGAUCUGCUGCCAUCCCGGUGGCAACCAGCAGGGGUCAGCAGGGCACAGGCCGCCGUAGAAAUACGGCGGGAGGCCGGUCAGGGCGAAGAAGGAGGUAUGACCAACAGAAGGGGUUAGAGCCUAAGCCCAGCUCACCAACCUUCUCCUCCUCUUCAUUUUUAUUUCCGUCUUCAGCCCCCUCCCCUUUUGUUUCAUCCCCAUUUCUUUUUAUGGGCUCCUCUGUUUUAUCCCCACACUUAGUCACACCUGUAAGCCCAGCUCCACAUCCAUUUUCAGCUCCAGGCCUGGUUCAUCUGACCCCUCUGCUUCAGGCUCCAGCACAGGCUGUAGCCGCCUCAUCUCACCUGGAAAAAUUCUAUUGGUUGUAUAACUAUUAUGUAACAAAGUACUCUAAAAUGACCUAUGACGCCAAGUGCUUUACUGAGUACUGGUGUCAGGAGUUUUGGAACAGACAUUUAAAUGAAAUUAACUUAGCGAAACAGGGGAAGAAUGAGGAUAAUGAGGGUACUCAUUCAACCAAGAGGCGUAGGAUUGAUGAAGAUGAGUUCAUCUUUCCUAUUGAUGCACUGGAGCAGCUAAGUACCAUGCCCAGGGCUCAGGAGAUGGGUGUGGAAAUGGGCUAUCAGUCAGAUGCACAUAGCUACAUUUCCCUGUAGAUUCAGCACAUAAUUACACGAGAGUUGUCAUACAUACUUAGGAUAAGAUAAAAUACCAUGUAGUUCUAUAGCAUAAGGUACCAUAGGAUAAGAUUAAGAUAGGAUAAGGUUAAGAUUGUAUAUAAUAAGAUAGGACAAGUUAAGAUAGUCUUAACUUGUAUGCCAUUUUAUGUUUUACAAAGACAUGAUAAAUUACCAUAAGUUUAGGAUAAGAUUAUAUAAGAUAACAUAGUAUAAGAAUAAGAUAGGAUUGCAUAGCAUAAGAUAAGAAAGAUAGGAUAAGAUAACAUAGAAUAAAAUUAAGAUAGGAUAGGUUACGGUAAGCUUAAGAUUGUAUAACAUAGGAUUAGAUUAAUUAUAAAUAAAGCAGU